AAAGGCGCAUUACUGCCCCCCUCGGGUUAUUUUUGGAUUUACAUUUAUAGUGUAGAAUCAAUUUACUCUAUAAAUGAGGCCGUGAUGAGAACAUGUGUUAACGUUUUUGCAGCGGUCUGUAUCUCAAAUUAUCGGCAGAUUCGACACAGUUUGUUAGCACUGACACAGUUUGGGCUAAAACAUACUAUUGCUGAAAAGCCAUCCGUAGAUACACCCGUUACUGCGCCCCUUAGAGGUCGGAUAUACAGUAUACCCUCAACAUACAAGAAAAUAGGACGUGCAGUAAAAGAAGAGAAAGAUGAUAAAAAAACACACCAGCAAGAGAAUGUCUGCACCAGUAGGUGGGAAUCCUCUGUUUCAGAUUCAUAAAGCAAAGGAUGACUUUGUCAGAGUGCGGAAGAGAGAUUUAGAGAGGCUGACCACAGAAGUCAUGCAGCUGAGGGAGUUCCUACCCAGAGUCCUGAACAGUGACCUCAUUGAAACGCUGCAUAAAGCCCAAACAGUUCACACAGUGAGAGAGCACCUUGUGCAGGAGCAGGAGCAGCUGCGUCAGGAGUGUCUGCACCUUCAGUCUCGACUGGAUGCGGUGCAGACUGAAUGUCAGAAAGAGAGAGAGGAGAAGCUGCUGCUGCGUGAACAGCUGUGGCAGAGCGGUGCAGAGCUGCAGCAGCAGGCAGACUUCUGCUCUGCUCUGGGGUCUGCCACCUGUGGUCUGCUGUGGAAAUGCUCUACCAGUGAGGACACAGUUGAAUGUUGGCUGGCUGAUGCAAACCUGCAGGCCUUUCUGUUCAUAGCUACUCAGACUCUGGAGAGCUUUGUCAGCUCUUUAGACAUGGAGGAGAAAACUCAAACUGAGGACCACCACUCCAACGAGCACCAGUUUGUGUUGGCUCUGGCUGGAAUCAUAACUAACCUAGCUGCUGUAUCAUGUGGACGGAACUUCCUGUCCACCUCGGCUCAAACCCUCCUGGAGCAUCUGAUGAAGCUUCUGACGCAGAUAAAGCACGGUGUCUUCCCCAAACUGAAAGUGCUGAUGUUGAUGGCUCUGUACAAUGUCAGCAUCAAUGUGAACGGGCUGAAGCACAUUAGUCAGAACCCAGGACUCAUGCCUCUCAUCUGGACCCAGCUGAACGAUGGACAUUGGGAGGUUUGUCUCCACUCUCUGCGUCUCCUGCAGUCGGUCUUGUUGGAGGACGAGGCGCUGCUCCUGCUAGGCUCCACCCUGCUCAACCCAGACCUCCAGGCUCGCGUCAGGGAGCUCACCACAAGUGAGAAGCCGAGCCUGAAACUGGCGGCCCAGCAGGCACUGGAGGAUCUGCACGCCCUCCAUCAGGGUCGGGGAAGUAAACAGAACACCGUGUGAUGCAGACUCAGCAUCUUCAGGCCAGUUCUGUGUUUGAACUGUUGUCAGCACUUCAUGUGCAAAGUGUGAAAUGUAGAGAUUUAGUUUGAGUUUAUCUUACAUUUGUAAAUUUUUUGAGCAUUCAAAUAAAAGUUUGUUUCCGUUUUAAUGUGAAUGUGACAACACAAUAUGUUCGCGAUAUAUUAAAGGUGCUCUCUUUCUAAGAUAUUUAAAAUGUCU